AUGACUUGGUGACAUUCUAAAGCAAUGAUAUGAUCUUUCCCGAAAUGUCACAUUGACCAAGAGUAGAAACAAAAGUCUAUCUACAGACACAACAACAAGCAUUACAUGCUCACAAACCAAGAGCACCUAGAGGCGUUUUACCCUGCCCGGCCUCGAAGUAAAAGAUCAACAUAGCAAGCAUCGCCAACCUAGAGUGAUUAAUCUCCGCCACUUUCAACCUCUCCAGCUUCUCGAAAUCUCAGAUCUCUGACUAAUUAGAAGUCAGAAGCAACUUCACCAUAAUCCACAUCACUCGCACUUGUUGUCUUCUACUUGCCAACUCAAUAUUUUCAUUUUUUCUUAAUUAUCUAGUCUAAUUUAUGGAGGAAAAAAAUGGAAAUAAUGCUUGGAGACUUUCUUUUAGAGGCAAGUGCAACUAGUAACCUUAUCCUGAUUAUAUAAACUUAUUGAAAUAGCAAAAUCACAGCCAGAGAUUUUGUAGUACUGUUGAAGCAGGAGAACAUCUUCCAACACGGAUCAUGGAACCAAAUCUGUCUAGGGCUUUUAUGGUUUCGAGUAGGACUACGGCCGAACUUGAACAUGAACUUGAAGGAAUAGUUGAUGUGUUUCAUCGGUAUUCCAUUACAGCUUCUAAUCUCAUCGGGUAACCAUCAUCUUUUCAAGCCAAUGUAUGUAUCUUCCUCCUAGUAUCCAUUCAGCUUCUCUCCUAAUAUAUGUUUUGGUAUGUUACAUUAACAAGCCCGGAAGGAAUAGAGGAACUUUGCUCCGAUUUGGAUGUCUCUCAUACCGAUAUCAGAAUCUUGAUGCUUGCUUGGAGGAGUGGACAAGAGGCCUUGUGGCUUUAAGAGCUGAUACACUCGAUAACCUGAAGAAAGCCCUUCCCGAGCUCGAGAAAGAGGUCAGGAGUCCAUCAAAUUUUGCAGAUUUCUAUGCUUAUGCCUUUACCUAUUCUUUAACAGAGGAAAAACAGGGAAUCGUUGACAUAGAGACUAUAUGUCAACUCCUAGAUAUGGUCAUGAGAUCUACAUUCCGACCCCAAGUUGAUUACUUUGUCGAGUUUUUAAAGAUCCAAGACGACUACAAAGUCAUAAACAUGGAUCAAUGGAUGAGCUUUUACAGGUUCUGCAAUGAGUUAAGUUUCCCGGAGAUGACGGAAUACAAUCCAGAGCUUGCAUGGCCAUUGCUUCUCAACAAUUUUGUUGAGUGGAUUCGUGAGAAAAAAGCCUGAAAGCUUACCACAUUGGUACUUGCAGGAUCGUUGGGCUAGAUAAAAACACUCUGUAUUUGUAGGCGAUGAGUAGGUUUUUAUAAAUGAAAUUCAAGUUUUAAAAAAAAAUGCAAGGUUUGACUGACCAAAAAAGAAAAGACAAAUGCGAAGAUGAUG